GUAACAAUUCUGUGGCCCUCAGUAACAAUUCUGUGUCUGUCCCUAAGUAACAAUUCUGUGGCCCUAAGUAACGUUUCUGUGGCCCUAAGUAACGAUUCUGUGGCCCUCAGUAACAAUUCUGUGUCCCUCAAUAACGAUUCUGUGGCCCUCAGUAACAAUUCUGUAUCCCUCAGUAACAAUUCUGUCUGUCCCUGAGUAACAAUUCUGUGUCCCUAAGUAACGUUUC